AUGAGGGCCUGCCACCACGUAGCAGGACGGCUGCUUGCCAUCGCUCUCGCAGCUGCCCUCGGGCUGCUGGCGCGACCUGCCGUGGCGCUGCCGCGGCCAACCCCAGACGCGGUGCAGGCGGCAGCCUUGACCCCAGCGCUGCGUCGCUGCCUGCUGCGGCUGGAUGCCCGGCUGGUGGACGGCUCCUCCCCUGCGGCUCUGGCAGAGGCGGCCGGGGGCAGGCUGUGGAGCGCGGUGCACAGCCGCACCGUGCCGCUGGCGGUCGUGUUUCCGCGCACCGCCACAGCGGUGGGCCGCGCGGUGCGCUGCGCCAAGCGCGCGGGGGUCAAGGUCACCGCACGGUCCGGCGGCGGCAGCUUUCUGGGCUACUCGGUUCGGCCCGGCACUCUCACUUUGGACCUGUCUGAGCUGGACGGCGUGACUGUGGCCCAGAACAGGCGGUCGGUGAGGGUGCAGGGCGGGGCGCGCCUGGGUCAGCUCUACUAUCAUGUCUACAAGCAGGCUGGGCCGGGCGUGGCCGCCGUGGCGGGGACCUGCCCCAACGUGGGAGUGGGGGGGCACAUCCUGGGUGGCGGCUACGGCUUCCUGACCCCCUGGCAUGGCUUGGCCUGCGACCAACUGCUGUCGGUCACCAUGGUGGAUGCCAACGGCGACCUGGUCACAGCCAGCAGGGGGAAGAAUGCAGACCUGUUUGCCGCCUCCUGCGGCGGCGGGGGAGGCAACUUUGGCAUCGCCACCGAGUUCCGCCUCCGCCUGCACCAGGCACCCGCGCUGUUCUCGCUGGCCACAUUUAAGAUCGCUGCGGCGCAUGCCGUGGACUUUCUGGUGCACUGGCAGAGCCGGCUGCUGCCUUCGGCCAGCAGCAAGCUGUUGUUCGAGCUGCAUCUGCAGCCUGAUGGCACCGUUUCAGUGGUCGCCUUUUUGCCGGGCAGGAGAGCCGCCCUCGAUGAGGAGCUGGCGCGCCUGGGCGUGCUGCAGUCCCCCUGGCUGCCAGGCGCCCAGCUCCCCAAGGGCAGCACGUCGGAGCUGAGUUGGAUCGAGGCCAUGGUUGUGACAGCGGGCAGCAAGGCCAGGAACAGCUCCCUGCAAGCCUUGCUUGAUUUCGACUACAUGGUGGGGCGCCGCCCCGCAGGCUUCGCCGAGAAGAGCUGGUUUGCGCUCAAGCCGCUGCCUCGCCGCGCCUUUCCCGCCAUAUUCGCCGUGCUCAGGAAGACGGACGCUACCGUGACUGUGCUGUCCACGGGGCUCAAGACCGCUGUGCGGCGGCGGCGGCAGCGCGACACCGCCUUCCCCUGGCGCCGUGCCCUCUACUUCAUGAAGGCAGCCAAACGGGUGCGCCGCGAGGCAGACGUGCCGCUACUGGCGCCAGCGCUGGCACAGAUACAGAGACAGAUGGCCCCUUUCUUCCCUCGCCAGCCAGCUUACAUCAACUACAUUGACGACCAGGCAUCCCCCGACCCCCUCUGGUCCUACUAUGGCCCCAACCUGGGCUGGCUGCGCCAGGUCAAGGCCAAGUUUGACCCCGACGGCUUCUUCAACACCAACCCGGUGGCCAUCCCCGCCGCAGCCACCAACCGCCAGCAGCCGGCGACGGCGCCUCAAUGA